AUGCUUCAUGGAUGUGUUAGUUUGAUAAAAGGUUUUUAUUUGAUUAUUUUCGUUAUAUGUAGUGCCAUUAUUGCUGGUCCUAUUUUAUGUGCUACUCACUUUACGAUUAAAAUCAACACGGGUUCAGCGUCUGUAUCCGGCUAUCACCUCAAUAGUGGUUUUACCUCAUGUGGAAUUUUGAUUAGUCUUACAGCUGGUCUAGUAGACGUAGUUAUUUAUAGUAUGAGUUUUCAUUCAUCACUACAGGCCGCUAUCUCAUAUGCAAAUAAUCAACCGGUGGGUGCGCAAGAAUUUUAUAAUCGAACCAACGCUGAUAUAGCUGAAUAUCAUAAAGAACUCGUGCGUCUUGUAGCUUUGGAAAAAAAUCUUUUAAAUCCGUUGAGUGACGUAGCUCUACUUUCAUAUGAAGUACAAGAUAGUGUUAAAGAUAUUCAUGACUUAUUUAAACUAUUCAUGGAACACAAUGAUAGUGCCGAUAUGGAUUCAAAAUUAAAACAAUCGGCUGGAAUAAAAUUAAAUAACUUUCUCGAAAAACAAAAAAAAAAUAAAGAAGAAGUUGAUGCAAUAAAACAGGAUAUAGAUUCGUUGAAUAAUGAACUGAAGAGUGCCAAUGAUCGUUUAUCUGUGACAAAUUCAAACACAAGGAAAAUUAAACAACCACUACCAAUGAAAACUUCCGCAUUUUAUUUUAUUGAUGCAUCGACUAGUAAUUUACGUCAACUCAGUCAAUGUCACUUAUUUGUGUUAACAGUAUCUUUUAUGAUAUUUAUUCAUCUGACAGGUAUGUCGAUACUUCAAUAUCUCGGACUUAAAGAUACGAAAUGGAUUCCAUCAUUGAUGAUGAUGGCUUUACUUAUUAUCGGACAAUCAAUGGCACUACUUUUCUAUACACAAAUUACUCAUGCUUUUAAACCUAUGUCGCCCCUUUAUUUGUAUGCAAUAGUAUUCAUCUCGCGAUCUAUCAUGGGUAUAAAACAUUAUAUGGAGCAUGUAAAUUAA